AUGGGGCCCCCAGGCAAUAGGGGAUCAUGGGGCCCCUGUGUCCUUGCCCAAACUCAAAAAAGCCUCCAUAAAUCACAGCUGGAUGUAAACUAAUGCAUAUUCUCCUACCCAUAAAUCAUAGCUGGAUGUAAAUGGACGCAUAUUCAACUACCCAUAGAUGCAGGGGCGGACUGACAACUCAUUCAUGGGGCCCCCGGGCAAUAGGGGAUCAUGGGGCCCGUGGCCUUGCCCACACUCAAGCCACACCCAAAAAAGCCUAUGAAAAAAAAAAGGUAGCAGGGGCAUCUCAUGGGGCCCCCUACUGACCCUUGGCCCUUGGGCAGUGCCCGAGUGGUCAGUCCCCCCUGC